AAGCUGUUGAGAGUAGGGAGGCCUCCACUUAAUAGUUAUGAUACACAGCAGUGUAUGCCUGAGUCAAGGGAAACUAGUAUCUUGGUGAGAUUUCCUAAUACAAGAAAUGUGGGUGAUUCGCCUCGGGUGGACUCAUCAAGAAGUUCUUAUUCUCCUGGAGGCUUGGACUUUGGAUAAUUUAAGACGAAGAUCCCCCAAGAGAGUGUUAGGCAUGUCGCCUUUUGUUUCAAAGCCAACAAUGCCUUCCACUCCUAUUAAGCCUGCACCACAACGCUCGCCACUUCUGAAUGAAACUCCACCUUCAAGCAGCAUUGUGUUGAAACCUCCUUACCCUGUAUGGCUGUAUGAACUACUUGACUUCUCCUGCUAUUUGAUGUUUUAAUUCUGCCUUUUCCUGUCUUUUCCAUCCAUGGCAUAUUUUCUUGAAGAGCUGAUUUCUGGGACUGUCUGCUGCUCAUAUAGUCAUUUUGUUUAUCUGAAUUUGUUGUUUAUAUAUAGCAGUUUGGAGUUUUUGACCUAACUUGCACUUCAAAAGUUGAGACAUAUCAACAAUAGUUGCUUAUUAAGAGAACAAUAAAUAUGAUGUCACGUAUAUCAAUCAAGGCCGAGCAAGGGUCUAAGUUCAUAGUCUUAUCUCUAUUCAUUUGGUUGUUUUCUUGAUCAUAAACAAAGAAGUCAAAGCAGUUCUGUGGAAGACUUGAGAAUCAAGCAGGCUAUUUCUGAGGAACAAAAAAGCGUUCAUAUCUCCAGGCACUGUCUCCCAAAUUUAUUGAUGUUCUGCAUCAAUAAUAUGCUUUUUGUUUUACCGUUUCUGUGUAAACGAUUGAUCUUUGUGUGAACCAGAAGAUUUUCCUUCUAACUUAGAUGCCUUUAUGUUAUUCACAAAGACUGGUGACUGAUUUAUCUUCUUCCCUUUCUCCUUUUUUCCCAUUGCUUUAUAGGGUGAGGAACAACAAACUGUUAAUGGCUUUUUGUAUUCUCUGGGCUUGGAAAAAUAUGCCCUUGACUUUAAGUAAAAGGAAGUAAGCUAUCCAGUCUGUCCUUUGUUUAAAUUCUUUUAGUAUAAGGAUGGAUUCAUUUCAAAAGAUAUUUCUUGCUCGGUGCAACAAAGAGCAAUCAAGAAAAAGAUAUAGAUGCGUUUACAGCUUGAUUUUAUUUUCUUUCUUGGUAUUACCCUGUUCUUAUUUUUUUCAUUUCUUUAUAUCUGUAAGCUGCUUCUAUGAAGAUGAACUCAGUCUUCUCAAGUUUUCACAAACACUGUACCUUGGUAGUUUGCAAAGGAGUAUCUAAGGGGAGUAUGACUUUUGUUUUUGUGUGGACCAGAUAUAAAUAAUCUCUAAAACU